GUAUGCAAGGUGCAACAAAUGGCAGUUCAAACUUUAGAAAAACACAUGUUACAUUUGGACCAUUCCCAGCAAGUCUAAUCAGCAGAUCUGCAGAAUCACUUAACUCUGUAGGAGCUUUGGAAGGUGGCAAGUGUACUGGAACAAUUUUCCGUGUAGGGAGUCGGUAUGGGAUGACUGCUGCACACGUUAUUGAUUCCAUCAUAAAUCCACACGACAUAGAGGGGUGUGAGGAUUUAAACCAGUUAAUACAUUGUGGUGUACGAUUCCAUGAACAAGAACAGAUAUUUAGUCUUAAGCCUGUACUUCAUUUUAAAGAUGACAAACUUGAUGUUGCCGUAGUUGAGUUUGGGCGUGAUCAUAUACGAGGACUUCCUCCACCUCUUCAGUUAGUGAAAUUUGAUGUUUCUACCACAUUAAAAGCAGCUGUUAUAAUUGGAUACGGAAAUCCAGCACAGUCUGGAAAAUUUCUUGAGCUUGGUGUUGAUGUCAUGCAACAGGAUGACAUUCCGAAGAAAGAAAUAAUUAAAUACAUAGAUCAGCACAAGAAAACAUUUCGUACUGUUCUGAAAAUAUAUGGCAGCUGUGCAGAUAUUGUUGAAACAGGCUAUUCCGGUUGCGAAGCUGAUACUCAUAUGAUUUUGAACUGUAUCAUGGGACAAGGGGCUUCGGGUUCACCAGUAUUUACCACAGAGUUUCCAGAAUCAUUGAAGGUUGCAGGACUUUUUAUUUGCGGCUAUCCGAAGAUGUACUAUGAAUUUCCCGAAUCUAUGCAGAAAAGGUUUCCUCUAAAGUAUACAUUUGAGGCAGCAACCAAAACAAGUGCCAUCUAUGAUGCUAUGUGCAAGCAUGAUAAAACAAAAAUAGCUAAAGCUAUUUUUGGAUGCUAAAAGUAAAUUAUGAUCAUUGUCCCUUUGUCACCAUCGUUGUUAUUUGAAAGAUAAGAAUAUAUCAGUACGCAAAUUAAAAUAGGCAAAGGGUUGAAAAUUAAAGAAUAUUAUGUUUUCUGUCGAGACAAGAUAAAUUGUGCAUAAGACUUAGUAUCAUUUGAUGAAAUGUUGUUUCACUUUUAAGAUACAGGACAGCACAGUUUUGAAAUGAAGCUAGACUGCAAACAGGGUAUGUUUGUACUUUUUAGCUGGACUAUUCGAAGAAUAAGUAGAGCUAUCCUACUGACCACAGUGUCAGCGUCGGCAUCACACCUUGGUUAAGUGUUUCGUACCAGUCCACAUUUUGACAAAGUCUUUUGAGCUAAAACUUUGAAACUUUCAACACUUGUUUACCAGCAUCAUGUCCAGUUUUAGGCAAGAGUACAUAACUCCAUCAAGGAUUUUGGCUGAAUUAUGGCCCCUUUUAACUUAGAAAUCUUGGUUAAGUUUUUCGUUCCAGUUCAUAUUUUAUGUAGUGUUUGACAUAUGGCUUUGAAACUUUUAUCACUUGUUUAUUAUAACAGUCUCUUUAUGUAGGCAAGAGUACAUAACUCUUGGCUGAAUUAUGACCCUUUUUGGACUUGGAAAUCAGUUAAGAUUUUCAUACUAGUUCAUAUUUUGCAUAGGUUUCCUAAACCAACAGGCCAAUUUUGAUGAAACUUCACAGGGAUGUUCCUUGGAUGGUCUUUAAAAAUUGUUCAAAGAAUUGAAUUCCAUGCAGAACUCUGGUUGCCAUGGCAACAGAAAGGAAAACUUUUAAAAAAUCUUCUUCUCAAAAACCAGAAGCUCUAGAGCUUAGAUAUUUGGUGUGAAGCAUUGCCUAGUGGACCUCUACCAAGUUUGUUCAAAUCAUGACCCCGGGGUCAAAAUUGACCCCGCCCUAGGGGUCACUUGAUUUUACAUAGGAAAAUCUUUAAAAAUCUUCUUCUCAA